AACAUAGUAUUUUUUACCAUCUCGAACAGCAGCAGAAAACAACAGAAGAGCAUAUAGAAACUAAAUAACAAAAAAUACCUUUAAAAUGGAUAAACUGACAACAAUUAGUGCUACCUUGUUCAUGGCUGCCGACGUGUUUGCCAUUGUAAGCCUGGCAUUACCGGAUUGGAUCAUCACAGAGUCGGGAACAGGAGAUAUACGGCUUGGACUCAUGUGGACCUGCAUGACACUAUAUAAUCGGCCACAAGUCUGCUAUACACCAGAUCUGCAACCGGAGUGGUUCAUUGCGCUUAUCUGCAUCUUUACUGGCUGUAUUUGUGUCACCACAACAGUUAUCCUGCUGGCCUCAUCCUCCUGCAACCGAAACGUAAUUCCUUACGCCCGCUGGGUGGGUUUCACGGCAAUGGUGCUUUUUUGCAUGGCAGCAGUUGUCUUUCCGCUGGGCUUCCACGUAGAGGAGAUCGGCGGCCAGGCCUACCAACUACCUAACACAUUCAAGAUUGGAAUUUCCUACAUAUUGUUCGUUCUAGCGCUUUGGAUCACGGUGGUCUCGGAACUGUUUGCCGGCAAGGUGUGCCUGCCCCAUUUCUAGAGACGCGCCAGCAUUGGCCACUUUUUGAUAUUGUUUGCCGUUUGCUCUGUGAUUUGUUAUACCUUCUGUUUCUCUCUGAUCUUUCUUAUACUCAACACCAGCAAUCUCCCUAGUUUUUAAGGCUUUUAGUUAAUUAGGGUUUUUAAGUCGAAUAUUUGUAUAUAUAUACAUAAGCCAAUGGACUUAGUUUAAAUAGAAACAUUGUAUCACUUCUUAAAAUUAUUUUGUAUUUUACGAAUUUCAACAGUUUUUUGUGAAAGAAACUUACAUUUAUAACAGAAAAAAAUUAUUAAAAACUUCUUCACUUUUUGUAA